AUGGAACUUACCGAAGAGCAGAAGGGAAAUUUUGAAGAUAUCGAGAAGCAGUUCGCCGUCAAAGUUGUUCAGCAUAUGUCAACGUACUGGGGCAUUCUCGAGAAAGUCCGUGGCUCGAAGCUUAAGCUCACAAAGAUCGACGACGAAAUUUACGAGCAUUUCAAGCAAGAAUUCCCUGAGUUCGAUCCGACGGCAACGAUAAAUGAGGAUGAUAUGAAAAGCAAAGCCGGCAAGGAGAAAUGGCGCAACUUCAUCAUGCAAUACGAGAAGAAGGUGGAUGACUUCAACUUUGGCACGAUGCUGCGGGCGAAUCCGAAGUUUGACUAUGGGGAGAAGGAGACCAUAUUCGCUGUACGAAUGCAGUUCUACGCGGUAGAGAUUGUUCGCAACAAAGAAGGUUUAAACGACUGGAUAUACGAGAAAAAUCACCCAGAUGAAGCCAAAUCUUCAUGA